AUCAAAAUAUUUAUUAUGUUUUACAGUUUUGAAAUGAGAACGUGUUCAUAUAGCCGAGUCCGUGUGGAAGCGGUGCGAGCGAGAUAGUGGGUGGAAACGGAUGCCUUGAAAGCCGGAAAAACGUGGUUUUCCUCUUAAUGUGAUACGGGUUUUCCUCAGAGGAAGACCGCGUUUUGAAAGCGAAAUGUUCGGCAUCCGCGACACUGACGCGCCCGAUCCAUGAUCGGACCGAUCGUGAACAGUUUCCUGUGGAGGUGGUCCCUCAGAACCGGGUGCAUGAUAAUCGCGAUAGUCGGCAUGGUAGUAGCUGCACUUACACUACUCGCAAGCUUGGUUCGUUUAACUUUAGACGGGAUACAAGAUGAUGAAUACAUGAACAUGGGCCUUGUAUUUUUUAUAUUCUUUUCGGCCUAUCUUGUAGUAGACUUCACUUUCCACAUGCUUAUAUACUUCGCUGCGAAAAGGAAUGACGAAAGAACCAUGCAGGUGUGCUGUUUGUACAUGGCUGUUAGGUUCAUAAUCGAUAUUGUAUACGUAAUCAUCAUCUUCGUGUACCAGGAUUAUAACAUUGUCUUAAUUGUUAUAUUUGCAACAUUUUCUGUUGUGCGUGCCUACUUUUUUAUAGUUGUGUUUAGCUUCCUUGCCCAACUACUGGACGAAAUAGAGGCUGCAAGUCAGGUCGCACCGGAGAUCAUCGAGGACGAGGUGGAAUCGCCAGAUCCCACCGUUAACAAGGGCAGACCGGUGGUCGGAAUUACCUCAGAUGGCACUUUUACAAAAGAGAGCUGGCCAUCACAUAACAAAGGCAUACUUACUCCUUCCCGAGACCCACGAAAAAUAGGACACAAAAAAUCGGUGACCAUUAUACUGCCGAGUAACUACGUCGAAAAGCCGCCUAAAAGCAGAAGAAAGAAAUCAACAAGGAAAUUAAGAAGAAGUCCCAGCAGGAGAAGUUAUUCGUUUUCUGGAUGGUCAGACGAUGACCAAAACAAGGCAUAGUCAUCUUAUUCAAUUUUCAUGUCAAAUAAAAUUGAAAUAAAUCUAUACAAUAAAAUAAAUGGUGGACUA